UGUCAAGUCAGUAGUGUCAGAGAAAGUAAAAUCCUUUGUACAGCAAAGGAGUUAAAUAAUUUUUUAUCAAUAUUAAUUUUUUUAAUCACUGUACAAGAAAUUAGGAAUCAAAAAUGGAUGACGACUUACCGACCGAUUUUCAAGUCAUCGUUGUUGGGACAGGUAUGGUGGAGUCGAUAGUAGCUGCAGCAUGUAGUCGAAUUGGUAAGAAUGUGCUGCACCUGGACUCCAGCGACCACUACGGGGGUUUGUGGGCCUCCUACAACUUUGAUGGACUUCAAAAGUUCAUCAAGGAAGUCAGUUCCGACCCUAAGAGGCAGGAACAGGUUUACAAUCUUAUCGAGAAAUGGUAUAUUGAAAAGGAAGUCCCUGGAGCGGAGGGGGAAGAAAAGACUGACGACAAAGCUGAUCCACCCAAGAAAAUAUGGAGUCAAGCGAGAUUUGCUGCGGAAUAUAGAAAAUUCAACAUUGACAUGACCCCCAAGCUGCUGUUCUCCCGGGGACCACUUGUCGAACUACUGAUCUCAUCGAACAUCGCUCGCUACGCGGAGUUCCGAUGCGUUACCCGCGUGCUCACGUGGCUCAAUGACCAACUGAUGCCGGUCCCUUGCUCCCGGGCUGACGUGUUCGCCACCGAAACCGUCAGCAUCCUAGAGAAGCGCAUGCUCAUGAAAAUGCUCACUGCCAUAGUCGGCAACACCGAGGAGGAGAUGGAAAACGAAUUUAAAGAUUGGAACGACAAGUCGUUCAAGGACUACCUGACCCACAAGGGUUUGACCCCCAACCUGAUCCACUACGUGCUGUUCGCGAUCGCUGGAGGCACCGACCAGAUGAACUGCCGCGAGGGGGUCAAGGAGUCGAAGAAGUUCCUGAUGAGCCUCGGUCGCUAUGGCAACACCCCCUUCCUGUGGCCAAUGUACGGAAGCGGGGAACUGCCGCAGUGCUUCUGCAGAUUGUGCGCGGUGUUCGGCGGCGUGUACUGCCUGAACCGGCCGAUCGACAAGGUGGAGCACAAGGUGCUGGACGAGGGCCGUUCCGUGGUGGUCAUCGACAGCAAGUCCAAGACGCUCAAUUGUGAUCACCUCGUGAUUGGGAUCAAUGAAUGCCCCAAGGAUCUCAUCUCGCCGGAGCCCGCUGAGUGCACUGAUAUCUCGAAGGCGGUGUUCAUAACGAACGGCACGAUGAUGCCGAGCGAGCGCGAGCCGCUGACGCUGGUGCGGUUCCCGCCGCUCGGCGCCGCGCCGCACGCCGUCACCGCGCUCGAGGUCGGCUCCGCCACCGGCUCCUGCCCCAAGGGCCUGUUCGUGGUGUACUUCAUAACGAACAAGACCAAGGACGCUGAGAGCGACCUGAUGCCGUACGCUGAGCGGAUCUUCGACAUGAGUGGUGGUGACCAGACCGCUGAUACUGGGAAACCUAAGUGUCUAUGGUCGCUGUUCUACAACGUGCGCGACACGAGCGCGCCGGUGGCGAGCACGGUGGACAACGUGCACGUGUGCUCCGGCCCCGAUGCGGGACUGGACUUUGACCGCGCUGUGGAACAGGCUGAGCAAGUAUUCAAGAAGAUCUGCCCGGGCGAGGAGUUCUUGCCGCGCGCUCCCGAUCCCGAGGAAAUCAUCUUCGAAGACGACUCCACGCCCGGCCCCGACUUCCAGCGGGAGCUCGAAGAACCAGCCGAAGAAGUCGAAGGCGACAAGGAGUAAUCGCAAAACGCGACCCUAUUGACAUUUAAUACAGGGCACAUUCUUGCGUGUUACAAAAUAGUGGUAGUUUUGAAUUAAGAACUUGACAUACGAAUUACAAUUUUUAAUCAUCGAAUAGAACCGGUUUUGCGUAGGUUUUAAUCAUUAAUAUUCAGCCAGCAUUUUAAAUUUAGAAUAAGCAGCCAAUUUACGAAUUAGACAAAUAAUGGAAUGUAGACAUUUUUUGGUAAUUAACUCUCAUAUAUACUCUAUAGCUUUUUACCAUAGACAUUCAUUAGCACUAUAGUUUUGUAGCGUAGCUCAUGAAAAAACUAGAAAAAAAAAAUAAGUUGAAGAAUAUGUGAACACGCGAGAAAGUGCAUCUUUUAUACCUAGGGUAAUCUCUAGCAACAUUUAAUACGCUUUGGUCGCUUGACUUUGUGCAUUCCGACUGGUGCGUGUGGAAUGUGGAAGUUAAAUAUUUUGCGGAAAUAUUUUUUACUUUGUUACGGUUACCUAGCAAGAUUUUUUUAAAGAAACGUGCUCAUUAUAGAAUAUUGUUUUAUAUAAUAAUAUGUAUAUAUCCGUUUUAUCGGCUGACACAACUAAUUUAAAUAUCAUUAGUACACUUGACCGGGAGAUAAAGUGACGAUUUUUAUAUUGUUUUAAUAUUAUCGCUAGGUUGUCUUGAUAUGUCAUAAGCAAGAUAAACUUAUAGCUAUGUUUUGAAUCUUCACGUCUAUUAGGUUAAUGAGUUAAAGUUCUAUGAUAUUUAUUAUUUUAUUUAAUAAAAUGAGCUCUCUAUAGCUUGUGUCGUAAUUACAAAAAAUCGAAUGCGAUGAUCUGCUUUAUCAUGUUUUUGACUUUUUUUUGGUAAAAUAAGUCUAUAGGCCUAAAUCCUGCAAUUGGUUACUAAUUGUGUUUUUUGCAU